CAGGCCCCUAUGUGCGCCCUAAAAUGAGCGCCCCUGUGAGGGCGUCGCCCCUGUCAUGCGGCUCAAGCAGUGCCGGCAUCCUUGUCUCGAGAUGCUCACUAACACCACCUUCAUUCCUAAUGAUAUCGAGAUGGAGGGCGGCAAAUGCACAUUCCUGAUGGUGACAGGACCCAACGGGGCGGUAAAAGCACCUACAUUCGUAGCGCAGGUGUGGCAGCCCUGUUGGCGCAUAUUGGUUGCUUUGUGCCGUGCGACGAGGCAGAGAUGACAGUGCUCGACGCCAUUUUGGCGCGGGUGGGCGCAAGCGACUCGCAGAUCAAGGGCAUGUCAACCUUCAUGGUUGAAAUGGUCGAGACGGCUUCUAUUCUCAGGAUGGCAACGCCAAACUCACUGGUGAUAAUUGACGAAUUGGGAAGAGGCACAUACUAUGAAGGCUGCGGAAUUGCAUGGGCUAUUGCUGAAUACACGGCGAAAGAAGUGGGCGCGUCUCGCUGUCGCCAUCACUUCCACGAGCUGACGCUGCCCGAACUGGUGCCGACUGUGCACAAUUGUCACGUGACUGCCGUGACGUCAGAUGACGACAACAGUCUGACGCUGCUCUACGAGGUGCGCCCGGGCGCCUGUGAUCAGAGCUUCGGCAUACAUUGCGCCAAGAUGGCCAGGUUCCUAACCAGGAUAGAG